AUGAGAGCUUACAUACCUAGAAAACGAAAGACUACCAAAAAGUCCCCUGUGAUGGGUCCUCUGAUACCCCCUGCAGCGGCCAAGCUACCGCCUCCUCCAGUCUUGGAAGAGGAAGAGUCCGAUUUCUAUAUCCCUGACGGCGACGAUGCAUUCCUCACCUUCGAUGAAAAGACUCCGGAACCAGAUCACUAUCAUAGCCAUACCAACAAUCAUCAUCAUCACCAUCAUCAUGCAGUGACCCAUUCCACUUCCACCUCCUCCUUAUUAUUAGCUCCCAUUGACGAACAACAACCCGACUCGGCCGAUCGGGCCGUGGCCAUUCUGGAAAAUUUCUUUUUUGGCGGUUGCACCAUGCCCAAACCAACCUUGAAAGCCGUCUCUAGUACAGCCGCCGUUGCAAGCUGGGAGGGUGACUCUAGCAGUAUCAAUAGCUGUCCAGUAGAAUCCUCUCCCAGCUGUGUAUCCCAGCUGCCCGUAUGCUCUUGUGAACAAAAGUACCUCUUUACGGGUCUCCACAAUGUCACACAGUCACAACAAGAUGUGGAACAACAAUCUCCCAACAGUCUCCGUCGAAGCUCUUCCUGCAGUCCCAAACCCAAAAAGGCCUCGUUGAAAAAACUCAACAGCGCCAACAGUCUCAACAGUAGCAAACGCAACGUUUCCUUUACCGAGAUCUCCGUCCGAGAGUACGAUGUCGAGUUGUCGGAUCAUCCCUCCUGCUCCUUUGGACCGCCCAUUCAGUUGGGUUGGGACUAUCAAGAAAAGGAAACGGUACCGGUGGAAGAUUACGAAGUCACACGGUCUCCGCAACGACGCGAAGUCCACGAACUGGUAUUGAGCUACAAUGCACGUCGACGACGACUGAAACAAAGUGGCUACAAGAAAAAGGAGAUCAAGACCAUGGAGAAGGAAGUCGAUCGAAUCAAGCGAGAGCGACUCGUCACGGAAUUCUUCUUGCCCGCAUCGGCCAUUGAUGAGACCUUUGAACGAGUCUUUGUCGGGAUCCGCGAGUUGUGGAGGCCCAAGAAACGAAGAGACUCCUCCUGCGAGGUGCAUCAUGGGUUGUAUUGA